AUGAUGCUGGACAGGACGGGGAUUACUCUGCGCGUCUUGACGAAAAACAUUCGGUAUGACACCGGUUGCUCUCCGUUCAAAGGGGAGCGGCCUUGGAGUGAGCGAGCACCACGCAUCCUCAGCGAGCUCCACUAUAAUGCUCGCAACCUGGAUGCAUUCAUAUGUCUACAAGAGGUCCUCGACAAUCAACUCAUUGAUCUAUUAUCUGGGUUAAACUCGGGCAAUUCCGCCACAUCGGAAGCCGGAGCCGGAGCUUGGGCCUAUAUUGGCGUUGGUCGAAAUGAUGGCUACAGAGCUGGCGAAUAUUCACCCAUAUUUUAUCGUCCCUCGGUCUGGGAGCUUCGUCAUUGGGAGACCGUCUGGCUUUCCGAGACGCCAGAUGUCCCAUCGAAAAGUUGGGAUGCUGCAUCGAUUCGCAUCGUGACCAUUGGUGUCUUCACCCAUCAUGUCAGCCGUCAAACAGUUCUCGCCCUGAACACCCAUCUAGAUGAUCAGGGAUCCCGCUCCCGGUUUGAAGCGGCCCAUAUAAUCUUGCAAAAGAUCGAAGAGUAUCGAACUGGGCGCCUCGGGAACAUAAUCUCGGCUGUCUUUCUGGCGGGCGACUUGAACAGUGAAGAGUCUCAAGAAGCACACUCGGUAUUGACGGCCAAAGAGUCCCCGCUGCUUGACUCCGCCGCAUUGGUGAACAAGGCCGAUUCAUACGGCAAUCACAUUACUUGGACGGGAUUUGGAUACGAACCCGAGGAACCCUCGCGGAUCGAUUACGUCUUUCUGGGGCCUGCUCAGGGUGUGGAUAGCGAAGGUCGUCGCCGUGGCCUUCCCUGGGGGAUCGAAGGGUACGCGGUCUUGGCAAACCGCUUCGAUGACGGCGUGUUCAACUCGGAUCAUCGGGCGGUUGUGGUUGAUGUGAGCUUACGCAACUGA